UAGAAAAUGUGGAAGUUUAACAACUAAUAUUAAAAUAAGAUUAAUGACCUUGUGUUUCGAAAUGUUUCCACAACUACCUAAAGGUCAUCUCAGCUUCGUGGAGAAAUGGCCGUUAAUGAAUCCAUACGAUAUGGGAUUUAUUAUAGUGACGUAUUUUGCAUUUAUUCUUAAAAUAGGACCUAUGCUAAUGGAGAAGCGUCAACCAUUACAGUUGAAUAAAUUUCUUAUAGUAUAUAACAUGGUCAAAGUGAUAAAUUCGAGCAUUUUAGCAUUUAAGUUUCUGUCAUACAUACUUGAUAAAGGAUUGUUUCCACGAAAAUGUGAAUACGAUGACCAAACUAUGUUCAUAAUAGCAGUUCUAUACUGGAAAUACAUGGCAACAAAAAUCUUGGAUCUCGUUGACACGAUUGUCUUCGUAGUCCGAAAGAAAAACAACCAAAUAACAUUUUUACACGUAUAUCACCAUGUCUUCAUGGUGCUCGUCACUUGGUGUUCGUUGAAAUAUGAUCCUACGGAUCAUUGGGCUUUUAUGGCAAUUGUAAAUUGUGUAAUACACGUCAUCAUGUAUACAUAUUACGGUAUUUCAGCUUUAGGUCCGAGAUACAGGAGGUAUCUUUGGUGGAAGAAAUACUUGACUAUAAUGCAACUGCUGCAAUUCGUUUUUAUUUUUACUCACGUGGUCAUUCAAACCUACACUUCACAGUGCCCUAUGAGAUCUAUUACCUACUGGGUAGGAAUAUUUAAUCUUUCGCUCUUCAUAUGCCUCUUCGCUGACUUCUAUAACAAGAGAUACAGAGCCAAACUGAAGGACACAUCUUUUGCCUGUACAAGACAGGUUGAUGAUUAAGUUUCAUUAAUUUACUUAUAUCUUUUACGUUUAAUGAUAUUCUAAUUAGUAUUUUAAUUAUGUUUAUAUGUAAAUUGUGAUAA